AUGCGGUUCCAAACAUUACCAUUCGUUUUAUCUUUUGCCGCUGCCGUCAGCGCAGACAUGGCAGAGGUACCCUCGACGACAGUACCAGUCCCAGCAUGUACCGCAACAUCUCAUACCGGCAUGGGAGGUUUCUACGAUCUACGACCGGAUAUGGCCGUCGUUCCCGAUAAGAACACCAACAAGUGGGCUGUGACAAAGGACUACACCUCAAAGGGAUACGAUUACGGCAAGAACUUUACACUGAACCUCUGCGGCGCCGUCGUCGAGCCCGUCACCAAUGUUUAUGGUGUUGAACCUCCUUUGUGGCAGAACGUCAGCGCAUAUUAUCAGGUGGGAGGCGAGGUCUUCUCGAUAGGUUUCGAGUCAAUGGACUUGCAGAGUCGAGGUCGUAAGCUGGUCCUUCAGUACACGGGAGGAUCACCCUGCGGCGCCGACGCCAACAAGACCGAACCCGUCUACAAGCGAUCCGCCCAGCGCGACUCUCCCCUCGAAGACGAGAACGACGAUGCGACCGCUUACACGCCCGUGCCCGAGCCCGAGGAGCCAGUGGAGGAAGAGCCCAAGCCUAAAGACACCCGAAGACGCAAGUCGACCACCAUCUCUUUUCACUGCGACAGAGACCCUGGGCAGACAUCGGCCAGUUUCUCCUUUGUUGGCACGGACCCUGACGAGUGCGCCUACUUCUUUGAAGUUCGAUCUUCUCACGCUUGCGCCCAUGCUGAGCCGCACAAGCCCGGUAGCGUCGGGCCUGGCAGCAUCUUUGGUCUCAUCGUUGUCAUUGCCGUACUCGUCUACUUCCUUGGCGGCAUCUUCUAUAACCGCACCGUCACCCAUGCGCGUGGUUGGCGCCAGCUUCCCAACUACAGUCUCUGGGCAGGCAUCUGGAGUUUCAUCUGCGUGCGUCAAUCCUUUUCUGGUUCCUCUUCUAAACCCGAGCGAUACUCCCCCUGA